UUGAAAAUAACGUGACACUAGAAAAAUAAAUUAUUAAAAUCAUUUUACACUUUUAAAUAAUUGAAACAAACAGUAUACCAAUUUUUAAAAUAAUUUCAAAGGUGUAUUUUCAGUAAAAGAAAUGGAUGCCUUACAGAUUUGUUCGUGGGGAAAUGAUCUAAAGCCAGUUUUGAAAAUCAAUAAAAUAUGUGCAUCAAAUCUAUGUUUCAUAGAUAACCUUCACUCUGUGAGAAUACUAGAAGGAUUACAAUCUCAACGCAAAAAUGAAGAUUUAUGUGAUAUUAGAUUUGAAACAGAUGACGGUACUAUAGUGUUCGCACAUAAAUGUGUUCUAAUGGCGGCUAGUCCAUAUUUCAGUGCAAUGUAUAGUAAUUUUGAUGAAAGCAAUAAAGAUCUUGUUGAUAUACUAGUGAAAAAAUUAGACUCCACCGCUUUACAACUAUUAGUAGAUUAUAUCUAUACUGGAGAGAUUAUAGUGACAAAAGAAAAUGUACAGGUUUUAUUACAAUCUGCUAACAUCUUGCAGUUAGAUUUUGUAAGUGCUGCAUGUACUAAGGUUUUACAAAAACAACUGGAUGCAUCGAAUUUUCUUGGUAUCAGAGCGUUAGCUGACCUUCAUAACUGAGUAGCUGUAUUAGAUGGUUUAUUGUGUUUUACGGGCUGAGAAUUUAAUGGCACUGUAGAAAUUUACAACCCAAUCGCCAAAACUUGGACCAUUGAUAUAUUGUCAAAAUAUGAAAUUUAUUGUGGAGUUACUAGACCAUCACAUCAUUAAUAAUCAGCAUACAACAGAAUGUUCUCACUUUGUUAGUAAUUUGAACAUAUUUAUAUAUAAUUUUUGAUGAAACGUGUAUAAUUGUUCUAUACAUUUUUGUUUUUUUAAAUGUUUUAUAAUUUAAAUUUGCAAAUUAAUUAAAUAAGCUAUACAGUCAAUUAGAUUGCACUGUUGCAGUAUACCGGCAAAGCAUUA